CCCCUGUCUGUUAGCACCUAAUUAGGAGUGGUUUGCAGAUUUAAUGUGGCCUUGUCGUGGUUACAGGUUUUGUAUAGGUGUCAAGGGCAGGGGCUGUUGCCCCUUUUGAGAAACUGGAGAUUUUUAUAUACUGCCGUUCUCAAACUGGCUUUCGAGAUGCAUCGGUUGUUGUAGAAAAGGCUGUGCUAUUGAAAAACUUUUGGGGGGUUUGUUUUUAAGUGGAGCGUUCAUUCUUCCUGAGGAGAGGGUUGCUGAAGGACUUUCCAGAAUGUCCUUUAAGUCCUUCAAGGAGUUUGGUGUCUGUGCCGAGCGUUUGGGCUCUUUUUGUAAGCGAUGGAUGGCUCGCGUCCAGAGCAACGGCAACGGUAGCAAGAUGAAUGGGUCGCUGGAACAAUUGGACCAGCCCGACCCGGACUCCAUCAAGAUGUUCGUGGGCCAGAUUCCGCGCUCCUGGACGGAAACGGAGCUGAAGGAGCUGUUCGAGCCGUACGGUGCUGUUCACCAGAUCAACAUCCUCCGGGACCGCACCCAGACACCCGCUCAGAGCAAAGGAUGCUGUUUUGUAACGUUUUAUACAAGAAAAGCUGCACUGGAGGCCCAGAAUGCACUGCACAACAUAAAGACCUUAAGUGGGAUGCAUCAUCCCAUCCAGAUGAAGCCCGCAGACAGCGAGAAAACAAAUGCGGUGGAGGACAGAAAACUCUUCAUUGGAAUGGUGUCGAAGAAGUAUGGAGAGAACGAGGUCAGGAUGAUGUUUUCAGCCUUCGGACAGAUCGAGGAGUGCCGGAUCCUCCGAGGACCUGACGGCCUGAGCAGAGGCUGUGCGUUUGUCACAUUUUCUACCAGGGCUAUGGCACAGAAUGCAAUCAAAACCAUGCAUCACUCUCAGACUAUGGAGGGCUGCACCUCGCCUAUGGUGGUUAAGUUUGCCGACACACAGAGAGACAAGGAGCAGCGGCGUCUGCAGCAGCAGCUGGCCCAGCAGAUGCAACAGCUCAACAGCGCCUCCACCUGGGGCAACUUGGCUGGGCUGGGAGCCCUCACGCCACAGUACCUGGCCUUGCUCCAGCAGGCAACCUCAACCGGGAACCAAGGCAGCUUCAGUGGCAUGCAGAGGCUAGGGGGUGUGAACCCGCUGCAGCUGCAGAACCUAGCCACGUUAGCGGCAGCCGCGGCUGCAGCCCAGAGCUCAGGCAGCCCCUCCUCCACAAACCCCCUGUCAGCCAAUGGAGGAGCCCUGGGAGCGCUGGCCAGUCCAGCAGCUGGUACCACAGCAGGCCACAAUGCAGGCGCUGCCAUGAACACCCUGGCAUCUCUGGGCACCCUGCAGAGCCUCACCGGUGCCUCUAUGGGACUCAGCAACCUCAAUGCCCUCACUGGCUCAGUCAGCGGUAUGGCAGCCAUGAACGGGGGCCUGGGAGCCUCCAUGGGCAACAGCUCUGCGGCCAGCUCCAUGGACGCCCUGACCCAGGCCUACUCAGGGAUGCAGCAGUACACAGCCUCCGCCCUGCCCUCCCUCUACAGCCAGUCUCUGCUGCAGCAGAGCGCUGCCGGGAGCCAGAAGGAGGGACCUGAAGGGGGAAACCUGUUCAUCUACCACCUUCCCCAGGAGUUUGGAGACCAGGACGUCCUGCAGAUGUUCAUGCCUUUCGGAAACGUGGUCUCUGCCAAAGUCUUCAUCGACAAACAGACCAAUUUGAGCAAGUGCUUUGGGUUUGUCAGCUACGACAAUGCAGUGUCAGCGCAGGCCGCCAUCCAGGCCAUGAACGGCUUCCAGAUCGGCAUGAAGAGGCUGAAGGUACAACUGAAGCGCUCCAAGAACGACAGCAAACCCUACUGAUCUGAGGCCCUGGGGUCUCUCCCCUCCCCUGCUCCUAUGUUAGCACUGCUAGGGUAAGUUCCCCCCCCCGAGCCAAGACCACCGAGACUCUUAACCUGCACUCAACCACUGGAGGGACACUCACCCACUCUUAAUGGUUACAAUGUUCUUUCCAUGUUUUUUUUUCACAUACACUUCGUUUCAGUUUUCAUCAUGUAAUUUUAGUCGUAUCAAAUGUGUAAUUUAUAUGAUUAUUUAUGACUAUCACUGGAGCCAGUGUUGGAAGUGACGCCUGACAUGAGAAAGGGGAGCAGGCAUCAGGGCUUAUCUACAUACCAUUUCAUUGCCUCUAGGUAUAAAAUAGACAGGUUGACUAAGGAUCAUUCAUUUAAAGGACUUCGGAACAUCUUAACAGAGCCCGGAACUUGUGUCUGUGGUCUGGACACACUGUCACAUUCAUCCAUUUUGUCACCUAACAUUUGAGGAUCUCUUCCAUCUAUGCCUUUUCUCUCUCUCUACUUCUAUUUUUAAUCCAUCUUUCAUUCUUUCAAUCUUUUGUCAAGCUGGGCUACAUCUAUUUCACCAUUAACAACUAUUCUUCCAAUCAUUCCAUCCAUCUCCCAUGUCUCCCACAAGGGACUGGUCACUGAUGGAUCUCUCUGGGUGCCAAGUAUAUUUGCAUGUUUAAGUCUCUACCAUACAUCUGGUGUCACUUCCUUAAAACCUGUGUAUUGUUUUGUGUGGGGGAAAUACCCAACUGUCCCAAUGUGGUGAUUGGCAUUGUUUGUUGGUUGUGCCUCAUGGUUGAAAGAUUCUUGUGCCGUGGCUCUGUCUAACUUCCUCUCUCUCUCUUUUCUCUCUCCUACUCUCCUUUUGUGUUUUUUUUCCUUCCGUAUAGAACAAAUCUCCAUGCCUGUUUGCUCAUCAUUAGCCUAGCAUGUCCUCAUGGUGUUGAAAGCCAAGCCAAACUCCUGGCCUCAUCAUCCCCACCAUCUGUCUGAUGUCUCUCUAAGCUCGCCUGGCCACACCCACUGACCCUUGACCUUAGCUCAACCUGAGUUUUGCAUGUAAACUUUUUUUCCCUUGUAUAAAAAUGAGGGGUGGGAGGGGGGAGGUCAAGCAAAUCAAUGUGAAAUCUUACCUGCGCUCAUUUCAUUUAAGAGACUAUUUCUUUGUGUUCUUUAUUUUUUUUAUUAAGAAAAUGCUGAAAUAUUGUUUUAAAGCCUGUGGGAUUUUUUUUUUCCUAUUUCUAAUUUGCUAGUUUUUUUAUGUUGCUUUCUUUUACCUCUCAGUAAAGCUCACUUGAAAGUUAUAUACAGGGAUUGGCACACAGCUGUGCUACUUGGUGCCAUUAGCAAUAUGUUGGCUUCUGAAACAAAUGCUAUAGACCACUCUCAAACACACACUUUGGAAAGUCUAAUCUAAAUACCCCUCAGUGCUCUGUAAAGGGUUUUUACAUUUUGCAGGCUGUGUAAAGUUUUUCCCUGAAGCUGCUUAAAAGCGUAUCUUGUUUUUUUUCCAUUAAAGAAAAUAUACAGUGUAUUUACCUUUUAUUUAGUGUAUUUACCCUUUUUUCUUUUGCAAAAUAUUGAUGGCACAAUAAGAGGUAGAUUUGCUCCGUCUAGGGAAAUUACUACCUACAUGAGUCAACUUUUUUAGAACUGAUUCACAAAUAGACAAUCUGUGGUUUAAAUGCACACUUAGAUUACCUAUAUUUUAUACCAUUGAAUCUAUAGAAGUUUAACGACAAGUAAUGGAAACCCAGGCAAACUUUGGGUUUUUUUGUAGAUUACAUUGUAAUGUCAUCUAUGUUGGGGUCUUAAUUGUAUCACUUUUUAAGAGGACUGGUUUGCUUGAUCAACACAGCCUUUAAAAAAAAAAAAGCUCAACUAAAAAUGUUUGUCGUUGGUAGUGAUGUAAUUGCAUACUUAUUUCACUAUUUUCUGGAUUCGUUAUUUUAACUUCUGCGAUAUUGUUUCACCAGUUGUUGGUUUUUUAACAAAUUCAUUUUUGAAGGAAAGGAAGAAAAAAACAGUUAAAUCUAGUGUUAAAUUCCUACAGUACGUCUUGUUGAAUAUUUUGUAAAUUUCUUGUCAACAUCUUAAUUAAUGGAUAUUUCAGUUUUGUUUGGUAUAGAUGCCUCAUUGAAAGAAAAUGAUUUACAAUAUCUGUAAACACAGAUGACAGACUGAUUUUUGUUGUUAAAAGUGCCCAUGUGUCAAACUCAGUGUUUUGAUGCCCAAAUUCUACCACUCCAUUACACACACCCACACACAAACACUUUUCUUGUGCAACAAUAUUUUUGGGAGCCCCUGAAUGUGAGAGAUCACUUGGACAUGACACAAACGGGUUGUAGGGUCGAUACAGGAGACGCAUAAACUGAACCUUUUUUGCACACAGAUUUUCCUAGAAAUGCAUCUUUGUUUUGAAACACUCACAGUACAUGUGUUAACACUGUUAAAUCCGCUGAAACAGUGUUGGUUUACAAAAGCAUUCCAGUUUCCGCUUACAGUUUACUCUGUGUGCUCUUAUUGGGGUAUAUUACUGUUUCAGUUUACAGAGAUAUAUAUAACAGUCCUAAUCAUUAUGACCACCCUAUACUCCCUCAGACAGGUUCCCUAAAAGUGUGUACCUGAUGGCGCUAAAAAGUUGUCAACUCAGGGUCUUAUUGUAGUUUGUUUUGAUGUAUUCUCAUUUGGAUUAGGAAUGAAAAGACAAAAUGCACAAUUGUUAUCGUUGAACCACCUUUUUUUGGUCACAAAAUGGUACAGGUUAAAGCUUUGAUUAGCACCUGACGGAGCUUUAACUUGCUUGGUUUAGUUGGAGGAAAGGCACAAGCACAAAUGUUCACUUUUGUAAAGUUUGCAUCCCAGAUUACUACGGUACCACUAGUUUUACUUUUACAUGGGCAUGUGCUUUUUGUGGUGUGUUUUAUAUCCAAAUGCAAUACAAUAUUCAAAGUGCCAUAUACGUCUAGAAACUGCCUACACAGAAACUAUUAGGCCUUGGUUUAGAGACUAGAUUGCUGCAGUUAGUUUCCUUUGUUCCUAAUUGUUUAUUAUAUUGAUGCCAGUGUCAAGAAAGCUCCUAGCUCCUGCUGAUGUUGUUUUCCCCCUACUUUGUGUUGUGUGUGAGUUAAUGGUAAAUGUGAUGUGAUGUACUGAAUUGAACAAAUUGGCUAAACCUAUGUAGAUACCCAAUAAAUAACCCACAUCUUUUGAAAGGCUAACCUUUUUGUUAGUGAGUGGACUAAGUUGAUAUAACACUUUGCAGUACAGCCACAGACAAUGUAUGUAGUAAAAUGUGGAGUUAUGUGAUAGUUCUUCAUAUGUUCAUAAAGACAGCCUUUGUACAACCAAAACCAAGGUUGUGUGCCAUAUUACUACCAUUAUUAGUUAAAGUGUUGGUUGACAGUUUCUUGUAACAUCUUUUAGAUAUUUGGCAUGCACAAAACAUGAAAUGUUGAUCAUCUGUACAAGUGUAUUGCAAAGUGUUACAGUAAACGCCUGAAUAAAAGCACAAUGUACACAUUGGUCAGGGUAGAAUCUCUCACUUCGGGGGCUUCCUUCACAGACCGUUCUUUCUCUGUUUUCUAUCACAGCUUUUUUUGUUUUCAUAUUUUGAAGUGCUUUUUGACAUUGUGUGGUAGCUCUGCAUCUCUAGAUAUCGUCUUGGUCGAAAUUCUUUCCGCUAUCAUUUUCUUUGUCUUUUAAUUGAUAUGACUAUGUUCAUGUUCCACAAAUUAUUUGAUAGAUGUUUGUGUUGUCUUGAGAAAAGCCAAAGUCGGUGCAUCUUGGUGUGAUCUGUAAACAUACAGUAGUUUCUGUUUACCAACUUUUUGAACUGGGUGGGAUUUGAAAAAAAAAAAAAGACAAAAACAGGCUUUCCAAUUUCUACAGCUGGUUGUUCAUAUGUAUUUUGUACCAGUGGAGCUUUUUAUAUGGGAAAUUAAAGAAAAAAAUCUAUAUUGGAAAAAAUGUCUGGCCUCUCAAUGUGGCCUUGCCUUGACUCGGUCUUGAGUUUGGCCUUUUGGUGGUGUCAAGAAAUUUUGGUUGCAUGUUUUGUCACAAAAAAAGAUUUAUUUAAUUUACUUGAUCUCUACAUGUUCCUUACUACUUUAUUCGGAUAUAUUUUGGUGGGGGUUGGGAUCCUCUAAAUCGUGGUAAGUUUCAUGUUAGUAUUGUGCUGUCCACAUAGUUAGAAGGCCAACAGGAUUUAGACAACUUUUGUGGAUAUGUCUUAGUUAAUAGAUAUCAAUUAUUUGUUGUUUAGUUUGGGCUUUGCUUUUACCUGUGUAGUACUUUCGGUUUUCCCAUAGCAGAGUGUGUAGAUGGAAGAGUCAAUGUCCUUUUUUUGUUUUUCCUUUUUGGUAAAUGUUUGUUCAUGUGUGGUGUGUUUCUUUGCCUCUGUCUCCAAAAUUAAACCAUUUCCCCUAA